GUUGAUAGUUUUCGGAAAGUCAUAGCCAUGCCAACAAAACCAGAGUGUUGGUAAACGGUCAACGCGUAUAUGGAGAUCUCCGUCUUUGUUGGAGAAGAUGAGAUCUAUAUGUUGUUGGAUCAGACAGCUGCAUUUCUCAUCGAUGGCAAUCGUUUCUUCAAUCAUGUCCACUUCAGUGGAUCCUUCUUCCUUAGGAGUCUGUGUUUUUCCCAAUACAUCGAAGAUCUUUGGUAACAAUGCAAAUCAGUUGCCGACCUAUCUUAGACUUUCUACCUCGUCAAGAAGACAUGCCAAGUUGAGACUAGCGGCUUCGAUUUCAAAGGUUCCACUUAAGAUUACACGUGAAGAAAAACACCAGGAUCAUGUGAAUUCACCAGAUAAAGGACAUGACGUGUUUGAAGAAAUCAAGCAUCGGUUCUUGACCUUUAAGAAAGACAAAUACAUGGAUAACUUGGAGAGGUUUCAGAGUCUAGCCAAGAGCCAAUCCCCGAAGUUUAUGGUGAUAGCUUGUGCAGAUUCAAGGGUUUGCCCUUCAGAAAUAUUGGGGUUCCAACCAGGAGAAGCAUUUACCGUUCGUAACAUUGCAAAUAUUGUACCCACUUACGAGAGUGGUCCAUCUGAAACGAAGGCCGCUCUUGAAUUUGCUGUAAAUUCUCUUCAAGUGGAGAACAUUCUUGUGGUCGGGCAUAGUCGCUGCGGAGGCAUCCGUGCAUUAAUGACCAUGGAUGAUGAUGAAACAGAAGAAGGCAUAGACUCAAGGAGUUUCAUUAAAAACUGGGUCAUUAUUGGGAAACCCGCAAGAUCAAUCUCGAAAUCAGCUGCUUCAGAACUCAGCUUUGAUCAACAGUGUCAGCAUUGUGAAAAGGAGUCUGUAAACUGCUCGCUGCGGAAUCUAUUGUCGUAUCCAUGGAUAGAAGAGAGAGUGAAGAAGGGGACUUUAACAAUCCAUGGUGGUUACUACGACUUCACUGAGUGCACGUUCGAGAAAUGGACGGUGGAUUAUAAGGAAAGAAGAUGCGUCGAGAGGUCACUCGCUGUUAAGGACCGGUCCAUCUGGAGUUGAACGAAUUUGGUAACCGAUCAGAGUAAAGCUUGAGUUUGGUUUCGUUUGGUUUCGUUUGGUUUUUGAGUUCUAAAUUUUCUGUUGGUUUGGUUUGGUUUGAUUCCAUUUUUAUACGCUUGUUUUUGUUUUCUUACGGUCUGUACCUUUCGCUUUACUAAUUUCACUUAACCAAAAAAUUAAUUAAAUAAACUGUUUGAAAAAAUCAUGAAACUUUGUCAAAUAUAUAGUUUUGUUUUGAUUU